AUGCUCCGGGCAGCAGCUUUUGUCGACGACAACGCCGUCGUUAUGCUCACGGGGAAGCUUUUCGGGCUUCAGGUGCAGAUUGUCCAGAUGAACAACGACACCCGACAGCUUCACGAUGCCACGGAAGUUCCUACGAAGGAUCUUGGAGUACCUCGUCCUCUUGGGAAAUACUUUGUGCUGCACCGCCCGCACUGUGCACUCUUCGGGGCUCUUGUGUCCAAGGCAAGCAUGACACAUCCAGUGGAUGACCCUUGUGGACCCGACGACGUCAGCUGGGUGGUGAACUACCUCACUGAGCUUUUGGAGAUGAACUUUCAGACGCUUGUGGCCGAAGUAGAGACGGAAUGUGAGCCGGACAGCGCCGCCGCCGAUGCAGAUGCGGACGGUGAGGUGGAUGGCGAGACGGACAGCAACAUGGUGUACUGUGUGCUGCUGGAAAAGGGCGAGGAGGACGCCCCCCAGGAGCACGUGGACGCGGAGAACGACCCCCAGGAGCACGUCGUGGGCGCGGAGGACGACGCCCAGGAUCUUUGGCGCGGAGGGAGAGCCCGCCAGGAGCACGUCGUGGGCGUAGAAGGUGCCCCCCAGGAGCACGUCGUGGGCGCGGAGGACGGCCCCCAGGAGCAUGUGGACGAGGAGGACGAAUGGAUGCCGCGGGUUCGUGUAACCACGCCUCGCAGCUGGCGGAGGACUGGUCGUGGUCAACACAAGCACCGAAACCAGCGCCUCCGCGAGAAACGCCACCGCCGCCGCCGCCGCCACCCCAUCACGAGGUGGAGCUAG